AUGGCAUACGGACCGGCAGCGGAACCACCCACGAGGAAUACGAAUGAGGCUCAUCUCGUGCUUUUUUCUCCGUUUACGAUAUUCUUCCGAGUCCUUUCUCCAGAAUGGGUAACGGUUCUUGUCGAUUCUUCGUCUCUUCUUGUGCUAAAAUUAAAUGGACAACGGAAUUGGCUGUUGAAUAGUCGGUCCGUGUGGAGUUGUCCACCAAAUUCCGGCGAGUCAGACGAAGGUUCACCACGAAAUCCCGGUAGCCUUCAUUUCCCUCACCAGAGAAGAAGAGGAAUUAUGGACGACAGGGAAGAGGGAAGAAAGAAAUAUGUAUCGUCGACCACGGCUCCGAUCAUAAUCGACCUUCCAGGCUAA